AUGACUCAGACCAGGAAAGCCAGCAAGGAUGCGGAGAGCGGCGCAGCCUCUGAUCCUAAGGAAAAACAGAUUAUCAUCGAAAGUGACAGUGAGUCUGCCUCCAGCACCCGCGACAUCCCCAGCGAUAACCCCCUCGCCGACAUGAGCAGCGAGACUCGCAACCAAAUCAUGGAGUAUACCAUGAAAAAGGCCCGACAGCUACUCCAGCAAGAAGAACCCGAGACUGCCACAGUCACGGAUCGACACCACACCACUGCAACUGACAACAACAAUGACAGUGACAACGAUGAGUUCUACGACAUGGAACCCUACAACUCAGACGACGAGGUUCCCAAGAAGCACCUCAUGGACAUCUUCAAGAAGCCCUCGCAGCGAGCCGACUACCACAAGAACAUAAAGUGGGUCCGCGAGGUUCUCCACGACAUGCCCAAGCUCAACACCAAGAACUGGUACGCUUGGAAUCCUAAGUUCAUCGACGCCAUCGAAGUUUGGCCAGAGGCCAUGAAGCACCUCAAUGGUACCUAUAAGACCGGCAGUAUUAAGUUUGACUACAAGCUCGAUCGCAUGCUCAGCAUCAUCAUGCAAGGAGCCUGCCAGCAAUCGGGCCCCGACAACAUCAACUUUGCGAUCUCUCGCCCGAAGGGCAGCCCCAGCUGGUCUCUUCACCAGUUCUAUCACCAUCUCGAGGACCUCCUGACCAAGGCAGACAACAUCACCAGCGCUGAACUGCUCCGCCAGGUCGACAACAUCCACAUGCUUAAUGGAGAUGUUCGCAAGCUCGUGGCCACCAUCCGCAACCAUUGGGCCCGAGCCCAACAGAUUCGUCACCCGCUCUGGAGGAACUCAAGGUCAAGACGCUCAUCACGCAAGCUCGAAUCUGCAACGCAUACGCCCAAUGCAUAG